GACACUGUGGUCACGUGACGCCGGCAGGGCGGGAGGCGAGGUGCGCGUUCCAGCUCCGGGAGCGGAGGGGGCCCGGCGUACCCAGCCCCCAGCCCGACGCGACCAUGCUGUCCCGCCUGCUGAAAGAACACCAGGCCAAGCAGAACGAACGCAAGGAGCUGCAGGAAAAGAGGAGGCGAGAGGCUAUCACUGCGGCGACCUGCCUGACAGAAGCGUUGGUGGAUCACCUCAAUGUGGGUGUGGCCCAGGCCUACAUGAACCAGAGAAAGCUGGACCAUGAGGUGAAGACCCUACAGGUCCAGGCUGCCCAAUUUGCCAAGCAGACAGGCCAAUGGAUCGGGAUGGUGGAGAACUUCAACCAGGCACUCAAGGAAAUCGGGGAUGUGGAGAACUGGGCUCGGAGCAUCGAGCUGGACAUGCGCACCAUUGCCACUGCACUGGAAUAUGUCUACAAAGGGCAGCUGCAGUCUGCCCCCUCCUGACUCUCUUCCCCUCUCCCCGCCCUUACCCCCACCUCACCCAGCCAGGAGGCUGACAGGCCAUGAAUAAAAUACAAACUCCAUUACUAUA